AUGGCUCCGUCUUGGUCGACUCGCUUGCUCUCGGGAGGCUCCUCCAGCAGCAGUUCACAGUCCCGAAACAAUACCGCUGAAUCUCCUCGGACCAAUAAACCACUGCCUCGACAACCCCCACUGCAAUCUAUCGCGUUCGAUCCUCCGCCUACGUUACAUCAUGAGAGGGCCCAGGCAACACCACCUAGACCACAGACUUCUGGAGGAGCAAGGCAGCAUCAGCAUAAUCGUUCCGUGAGCCAUCCACUGCCUAAGAUCUUCUCGCGCAAGAAGAGUGGGAGGGAUCUUGCAGGUGGUUAUAAUAACACCGAUGUGCCUCUCGGCUCGAACGACCUAGUACCUGUUCUGGCUGAACCGGCUGCAGUACCCUCUCGCGUGAUCAGCGGCAAACGAGGUGGUAAACCAGAGGACGAGAACAAGAUUACGAGGAAUUGCAUGUGCUGUGACAGCAGGCUGAGCGUACCCAAAGAGCUGGAGAAGUUCAGGUGUCAGGUUUGCACUACGGUCAAUGAUAUCAAGCCUGUGGCUGAGCAGAAGGAUGGGAGGCCAGAGCUUGAGAAGCAAACAGGCGCCUUUCCGCACGGCAUCAAGGGACCGCUGUCUGUGGAGAGGACGAGGGCGAUUGUCGACAAGUGUGUAGUUACAUAUCUGGAAGCGAGGUGUAGGCGGCAGGAACAGAAUGGACCGAAUGCUGCACAGAGAGCUGCCUCUGCCAGUGCAAGGCCGCCCGUCAAGCAUGCAGCCACAGAUCCUAUACCAAUCAAGAUGCGGGAUGGGAAGCAGCUGAUCGAUGCUCCGCUUUCGAGUUCACCACCAGACGAGGCAAAAGUGGAUGAGGUUGUGCAUCACAGCGCCACUAUCACCGACGUGCGAGAGCUCGAUCCAUUUGCAUUGAUGCCUGCUGAUCCGCCUCUCACGCAACCCGAACCACUGCCAGCUUCGACAAUAACGCAGCCGAUGCCAGCAAGACCUACCCGCAGACCACCUCCUGCCCCUAUCAACCUUGGACAACAACGAUCGCAGUCCCACAGUCUACAGCCAAACCAUGGAAGCCCGAAUCAAAGUGGUGCUCUGUCGCCACGCUUGCCUCUCAGUCCACGAAUGCCAUCAGCAGAAAUGAAAGCUCGAGAGCGAUAUGAACGAGCGAGGAUGAUUUUCCGUCCUCUCGAGGACUACAUAGUCGCAGCAUUUGGUGACUUUCAUCUCCUCAAUGGCUCUUUCAGCACCACGCGACCAGUAAUACAGGGCCGCACAAGGAGCGAAAGCAGCAUCAAGAGCUCAGCACCGGCGCCCGAGCCUACGGUCAGUAGACCAGCUGAGAUACUAGACGAGUUCUCCGAAUUCGAUGCAAAGACACUAUUGUUAGGUGACCUUGGCGAGAACAGCUCCUGGUGGGUGGGUAAGCUAGACAGAAUGAAGUCGGACAAAGCUACGAAGCGCAAGAAGGUACCAGAUGGCACGCGGCGACCGAUCAACUCGAAGUCGCCGAACAUCAACUGGGCGGAAGUUGACAAGUGGUAUGCUAUCGUGCAAAGCGCUGGCGAAGACUGGCGUGCCAAGAUCACUCAGAUCAAGUCGGACGAGCCUGACUUCACUCUUGCAAAUGUACAAGGCUUCAACAACAUCGAGGACAUCAAUGAUGAUCUUGAAGAGGCACGACAGCAUGCUAUCAGGACUUUAUUCAAGGUCACUGAGAAUGUGCUCAAGCGUCCGACACAGCCGUUAAAGGAGGCAGAACAUCUUCGCUUCCUACUCAUCAUCCUUGCCAAUCCUCUGCUAUACCCCUCUUCACGGCGACCAAUGCGCUCAGUAUCUGGCGGUUCAAUGUUGAGGCCCAAUCGUGCUGCCUCUGACAGACGAAACGGCGCUCCGCCAGAAAGCGGCCAACCAGCCUCACCGAGAAGGUCUCUCAGCACAGCCAGCGGUCCACAGCACACCGGCAUCCUUAAGCGCGUCUUCGGUCUGCUGGCCAAUUCCUCCGAAUCCUGCCAUCGAUACCUCAUUGGCUGGUUCUCGCGAUACGAUCAACCUCACUUUGAGAAAGUGGUCGAGCUAGUCGCAAGUUUUGUCACUCAUCGCAUCACUCGCCGCCCGGGUAGGCCCCGGAGUAAAAGUGGUAUCGAUGACGGUGGUUUAAUCCCUGAUCUUUCCGGCUCAGCAGCAAAUACGUCGGCACAACUGCAUUCAGCCAUGGGUCUCAGCGGAUCUGUCAAGAAGCAGCCGGACAACGCGAAUGGUGAGACUGAGUGGGCGAACGAUUGGCAGAUCAAGGCUGCUGCAAAGUUGAUGUCUUUGCUGUUCGCCGCCAACAACGUCUGGCAAGGCAAGCGGCGGGAGAGCAACUCUUCGCGUUCCGAUUCGGGUGUCAUGCUCGGCUCUGGCUCGCCAGCUGCGAAGGCUACGCGUAGUGGGCAGCUGAUGCAUACGUCGCAGUUCUACAACUUGAUGCUGGACUAUCAUGACCUUAUCGUGGACUUCAAGGUCUGGGAGUCAAGGCGGGACAAGUUUGCGUUUUGCCAGUAUCCGCUCUUCCUCAGCAUGGGCACGAAGAUCAAGAUCCUGGAAUACGAUGCCCGUCGACAAAUGGAGAUCAAAGCUCGUGAAGCUUACUUCGACUCUGUGAUUCGUCAGCGUGCUCUUGAGCAGUAUCUUCAUCUCCGUGUAAGGCGAGACUGUAUGGUCGACGAUAGUCUGCGCCAGAUUAGCGAAGCUGUCGGUCAAGGCUCCGAGGAGCUGAAGAAGGGAUUACGAAUCCAGUUUGUGGGUGAAGAUGGCGUUGAUGCUGGAGGCUUGCGGAAAGAGUGGUUCCUGAUGCUCAUCCGCGACAUCUUCGACCCGAAUCAUGGCAUGUUCGUUUACGACGACGACUCGCAUACCUGCUACUUCAACGCGAACUCAUUCGAAACCUCGGAUCAGUAUCAUCUUGUUGGUGCGCUGCUAGGGUUGGCGAUCUACAAUAGCACGAUCUUGGAUGUGGCGCUCCCGCCCUUCGCAUUCAGGAAGCUGCUGGCUGCCGCACCUUCUUCGUCUGCGAAUGGCAAUGUUUCUAGCAUUACUGGCACAAAAGGGCAGAUGACGUACACUGUGGCUGAUCUAGCAGAGUUCCGGCCCUCGCUGGCAGCUGGUCUGCAGCAACUCCUCGACUUCGACGGCGAUGUCGAAACGACUUACUGCUGGAACUUUGUGGCGCCAGUUGAUCGCUACGGUGUUGUGGCUGAAGUCCCACUCAUACCCAAUGGUGAAGGCACCCCGGUCACUAAUGCCAACCGGCACGAGUUCGUGGAGGCGUAUAUCCGCUAUUUGCUCGACACAUCCGUAACGAGGCAGUUCGAGCCUUUCAAGCGGGGCUUCUUUACUGUCUGCGCUGGCAACGCACUCUCACUCUUUCGUGCAGAGGAGAUCGAGCUCCUGGUCCGAGGUAGUGACGAACAGCUUGAUGUCGACUCCCUACGCGCGGUAGCCGUGUACGAGAACUGGAAGCAUCACCAUGAACCUCACACCAUACUUCCGAACCCUUCCGAGACUGUUCCGAUCAUCGCUUGGUUCUGGGAGCUCUUCGCCCAGGCUGAUCCCGCGAAGCAGCGGAGCCUGCUCACUUUCAUCACCGGUUCUGACCGCAUUCCAGCAGUCGGGGCCACGAGUCUGGUCUUGCGGAUCGUUGCCGGCGGCGAUGGUUGGGGCGGAGGAGGCGAGGAGGAGAGGCAGCGCUUCCCUGUCGCUAGGACCUGUUUCAAUAUGCUUGUACUGUGGCGGUACGAUACUAAAGAGGCUUUGGAGUACAAGCUCUGGCGAGCUGUGGAGGAAAGCGAAGGCUUCGGGUUGAAGUAG